CUACCUCUUUCUCUCUCUCUCUAAAAAACCUUUCCCAUUUCUUUUCUCUCUCUCAUACAGCCAAAGAAAAUGAAAGAAAAUCAAAAACCCAUCGAGAAAACCACAUCUCUCUGUGGGUUUUCUUUCUUCUUCCUUUCAUUCUUCAAGAACCCUCAACACUGACUGAUAAUCACAUCCAAAAAGAAUCAAACCCAUCUCAGAAAAACCCAGAAUUUCGUGUUAAUUCUCUGUUUGUAGAUAUAUUUUAUGAAUAUGGAAUUGGAUAGCAUUGAAUGCGUAUCGGAUGGUAUGGAUGAGGAUGAGAUCCAUCACCAUCGUCAUCCUCAGUUUUCGUCCUCGAAGCCUCACAACAACGUUGUUUCUUCUGCGAUUCAUCCAACGACGAGUGUCCAUGAGCUUCUCGAAUGCCCAGUUUGUACCAAUUCAAUGUACCCUCCAAUACACCAGUGUCACAAUGGGCACACACUCUGUAGCACCUGUAAAGUAAGGGUACAGAACCGCUGUCCCACCUGUAGACAGGAGCUUGGUGAUAUAAGGUGUUUAGCAUUGGAAAAGGUUGCUGAAUCACUCGAACUGCCUUGCAAGUAUUGCUCUCUUGGUUGCCCCGAGAUAUUCCCCUACUACAGCAAGCUCAAACACGAGGCCAUUUGUAACUUUAGACCAUACAAUUGCCCCUAUGCUGGAUCAGAGUGCUCGGUUGUAGGUGAUAUUCCAUACCUUGUUACCCAUCUUCGAGAUGAUCACAAAGUAGACAUGCACUCGGGAUGCACAUUUAACCAUCGCUAUGUAAAGUCUAAUCCGCGUGAAGUAGAGAAUGCCACAUGGAUGUUAACUGUUUUCAAUUGUUUUGGUCAGUACUUCUGUCUCCAUUUCGAAGCUUUUCAGCUUGGGAUGGCUCCGGUUUACAUGGCAUUUCUACGAUUCAUGGGCGAUGAGACAGACGCCCGAAACUACAGUUACAGCCUCGAGGUUGGAGGAAAUGGACGGAAACUCAUUUGGGAGGGUACCCCGCGAAGUAUAAGGGACAGUCACAGGAAAGUGAGGGACAGCCAUGACGGCCUCGUUAUACAGCGCAAUAUGGCGCUUUUCUUCUCUGGUGGGGACAGGAAAGAACUGAAGCUGCGAGUUACGGGGCGGAUAUGGAAGGAGCAACAGAACCCAGAUGGCGGGGCGUGCAUACCCAACCUCUGUAGUUAAGGCUGGUCCUCUCUCUCUCUCUCUCUCUCUCUUGUGUGUGCUGAGUUUUCUGCUAAUAUUAUUAGUUGAUAGAUAUGUUGAGAAUUCUUGAUAUGUAUGCAUGAAUACUAGCUGGAAGUUUCAGCUUUUCACACAUUGUUUAAUAAUGGUUCUUUUGUUGUGGUUUUGUGGUCAGAACAGGCUUUGAUUUCAAGCUAUGCUCCUUGUAUAAUGCAAUUGUAGAGAAGCUUGAAUUGCUCAACUCAUAAGAGUAAAUCUAAGCGCACAUAUGAUUUUCAUAGAAUGGGAUACAGAUGAAAUGCUAGGUCUCACAUAUGGUGGAUCUCACAUGUAGAGCCCACCUUUUGUCUCGUAUUUGUAUCUUAUUCUGUGAAAAUUUUCCGUGUUAAUAACAUAGAAGCCAUUGAUAAUUAA